ACCCCAUCAAAAGCGAGUUAGAAAUGAAAUUUCGGCAGAUUGACAUUUUCAAAAGUGUUCGACACCUUACAGCGGAUGGUUACAUGAACAUAACAAGUAUGAUGGAGAAAAAUGACAUUUCCUCUAGUGGGACGAACAUCCAAGAAAUGCAUGAGUAUGCAAUAGCUGUAGCAGAUGCGGCGUUCCAAGAUGACGAUUUCAAAAAACUCUUGAAUGACCCCUACGAAAAAUUCGAUGUCGUUAUAGCUGAUCUGUACGAAAGCGAAAUCUAUAGCGGUCUGUCAUUUUUAUAUAACUGUCCGAUGAUUUGGAGUUUCUCAAUGGGUGCCCAGUGGUCCACGUUGCAGCUUAUCGAUGAAUUUACAAAUCCUGCCUAUACAGCAGAUUAUUUGUCGGCCAACGUACCUCCAUUCAAUUUUGGACAACGUUUGCAAGAAUUGUGGACACAAAUCAAAGGAAAUUACAUUAAGGAGAUUAUUACAGGACCUAAAGCAGAAGCUGUAUUUGGAAAAGUUUUUGAACCGAUUUUGGCUCAACGUGGCAAGAGUUUACCAAUUUACAAGGAAUUGAUGUACAAUGCUUCUAUAAUUUUUGCCAAUGAACAUCACGCUUCCGGCAACAUUCCUAGCUUACCGCAAAACUUUAAGCUCGUAGGAGGGCAGCACAUAGACAGACCCACAAAACCGUUACCAAAGGACUUACAAAAUUUAAUGGACAACGCUAAAGAAGGUGUCAUAUAUUUCAGUCUGGGAUCAGUUUGGAAAAGUAAAGAUAUACCAAAACCAAUAAAGGAAGGCCUAGUCAUAAUGUUCGGAGAGUUGAAACAAACUGUGAUAUGGAAAUAUGAGGACGAUGAUUUAAAAAUCUUGCCCAAAAAUGUAUAUGUGGUAAAGUGGGCACCGCAGCCAAGUAUUUUGGAGCACCCAAACUGCUUGAUAUUUAUCACACAUGGAGGUUUACUGUCGUUUAUAGAAGCAGUUCACUAUGGUGUCCCAAUAAUUGGAAUACCAAUUUUCUUAGAUCAGUUCAUAAAUACGAACAGGGCUUCGAAUAAUGGAUUUGGAAUUAAGGUGGAUUUGUCGUAUAACGUCACUCAAGAUUUGAAAGUUGCUAUUCAGGAAAUGCUAAAGGAUCAGAAGUUUACCAAGAAAGUUAAAUAUUUGUCGUCAGUAUAUCAUGACCGACCGGUGGCAUCGGGCGAUGAGUUAGUGCAUUGGGUGGAGCAUGUAAUAAAAACCCGCGGCGCACUACAUCUGCGCUCACCUGCACUCUAUGUGUCUUGGUACAAGAAGAUGUACCUCGAUCUAAUAGCACUUGCUGUUGCAGCUAUUUGUAUUGUCACAUUAAUUAUCAAUCGUUUGUUUGUAGCAUUCUUUAAGCAAACAAUGAAUCUAGUAAAGAUAAAGAGACAAUAACACUCGUUGCGUAUUGCAUGCUACAAGCAUCAUGUUAGAUUAGAUAUCCACAUUGUAAAAUGCGUAGAAUAACUAUUGAUG